AUGGAAGGUCCCUCCGCCCCAAUGAGUCUGCACCGCCUCCACGGUGUCGGUAACGAUACACCGCUGUCUCCUUGCCUUUACUAUGAACCACUGAUCAAACCUGUUGCGGUGGAUGCACGUUCACCUACUGAUAAGACACAGGAAUCCACGGACACCGCAAAAUCGUUCAAAUAUGUAAAGACGAGGUCAAGGUCGAAUGAAGCUCUUCUUAGCCCAAAUCUGUUGGCAGGGGCUGAAGAGCCGAAAAUGCAUACGGCUAUCGCAAUGGAUAAAGAUGGCGAAGAGGAAAAAGAAGUUGCUACCGCAAAACUAAUAGAUGAUGAAGAGACGAAGGGAGUGUCUACGGCAAAACUGAUAAAUAGUGAGGAGGAUAAGGAACAUACCGCUAUAUUGUAUAAAUCUGCAGAAUCAAAGACUCCUCCAACUGCAAGAUUGGCGUCACCUGAAGAUUUGAAGGAACAGAGAACUCAAUCAAAAGAAUGGGAUUUGCUCCCGGAGAAAAAAACUCAGGAAGGAUCGAGGGAAUGGGAUUUGCUCCCGGAAAAGAAAACCCAAGAUUCGCGAGAGAUCGAAACUUCCGAAGUCCGUUCAGUUCCCCUUUAUGAUCCGAUUGUGUAUUCUAAUAUGCAACCACCCAGGACGAAAAAGAGCACAAGCAGGAUAAUACCGAUUUCUCGUAAGAAACGCGGUAAAAAGGAAGAGAGCGUGAAAAAGACGCAAGAAGAAAUAGAACAGCCAGAACUCGAGCAGUUAGACGUUGAUGUUUCGGGCCGGCGACGUUCGCGAUCACGACUAGCACCAGGCCUACCUGAGGAUGGUGGCGAUUUAGUCCUUGAAUUUCCAGUGGAAGAACACGAUGACGAUAUGAUCACAAGAAACUAUCUUUCCUUCCCUCCUACCGUCAUCCUAUCGCGACAGGGCAAGCGGCCCGUGUUCUUGACGCAUGAUCCCUCGAAACCAGAAGUUGCCAACAUCUCUGCAGCAGAAUUCAUUGAUUCCCUGCAUGUUUGCAAGAACCUUGAAGAUUCUGAAUAA